AAGACUCAGAGUUGUUAAAGUUUUCAAAGCAGAGGCAGCGGCUGGCAGGCAGCGUGGCUCCUGGCUCCGGGGAAAAGCGAGUUGGAGGGAGCCUGACAGAGCAAACCGAGGAUCAGGAUCCAGCUGAGCUAAACUCAGCUGGGGUUACAAGCUCAAGGCAGGAGUUUAGACGCUCUUAAGAGCUCGUCUCUGCUCCCUUGGCUCGGCUGACCCUACCAUGUGGCCUCUGCCCCUCCGGGUCGGGACUAGCGUUUUAAAAUAAGAUGGAUGAUUUGACGUUACUUGAUCUCCUGGAGUGCCCCGUGUGCUUGGAAAAGCUCGAUGUCACAGCCAAAGUCCUCCCUUGCCAGCACACCUUCUGCAAACCAUGUCUCCAGAGGAUCUCCAAGGCCCACAAGGGGCUGCGCUGCCCCGAAUGCAGAACCCUGGUGUUUGGCAGCAUCGAGGCGCUGCCGGCCAACCUGCUGCUCGUGCGCCUUCUGGACGGCGUGCGCUCAGGGCCGAGCUCCGGGAGAGGGGGCUCCUUCCGCAGGCCUGGCGUGCUGGCCUUGCAGGACGGCAGGAAGAGCAGGACUCACCCCAGAGGUCUGCAGGCCAGCCCGUUCCGACUCGUGCCCAACAUCAGAAUCCACAUGGAUGGGGUGCCUCGAGCAAAGGCCUUAUGCAACUACCGAGGGCAGAAUCCCGGUGACCUGAGGUUUAAUAAGGGCGAUGUCAUUCUCCUUCGGAGACAGCUGGACGAGAACUGGUACCAGGGGGAGAUCAAUGGAGUCAGUGGGUUCUUCCCGGCCAGCUCCGUAGAGGUCAUCAAGCAGCUGCCCCAGCCACCCCCACUUUGCCGGGCCCUCUACAACUUCGACCUACGAAAUAAGGACAAGAAUGACAACCAGGACUGCCUGACCUUCCUCAAGGAUGAUAUCAUCACUGUGAUCAGCCGAGUGGAUGAGAACUGGGCAGAAGGGAAGUUAGGAGACAAAAUCGGCAUCUUCCCAAUCUUGUUUGUUGAGCCAAACCUCACCGCAAAACACCUGCUAGAGAAGAACAAAGGCCGCCACCCGUCUCGCACAAAAAGCCUGUCCCUGGUGUCCUCCUCCAGAGGCAAAGCCACCAACACGCCCAGCCUCCGAAGGGGCCCUGGGUCCAGGAGGAAGGGGCCCGGGCAGCUCUCCAUCACGACAGCCUUGAACACCCUCAACAGGAUGGUCCAUUCUCCCUCGGGGCGCCAUAUGGUGGAGAUCAGCACCCCAGUGCUUAUCAGCUCUAGCAACCCCUCUGUGAUCAGCCAGCACGUGGAGAAAGCAGAUGUUCUUCCCAGUUCUUUGGGACAGGUCAGCAUGUACCACGCCACACCUGCCUCCCCAGGACAUUCCAUGGCCAUCGUCAGUCUGCCUGGCUCCCAGCAACACCUCUCAGCUAACAUGUUUGUAGCUCUGCACUCCUACUCCGCCCACGGACCCGAUGAGCUGGACCUGCAGAGGGGAGAAGGCAUCAGGGUCCUGGGGAAGUACCAGGACGGCUGGCUCAAGGGAGUCUCCUUGGUCACCGGGCGAGUGGGCAUCUUCCCCAACAACUACGUCAUCCCCAUUUUCAGAAAGACAUCUAGUUUUCCAGACCCCCGGAGCCCUGGUCUCUACGCCACAUGGACAUUGUCGACCUCCUCUGUGUCCUCCCAAGGCAGCAUUUCAGAAGGUGAUCCCCGACAAAGCCGCCCCUUCAAGUCCGUCUUUGUGCCCACGGCCAUAGUCAACCCCGUGCGGAGCACAGCCAGCCUGGGCACUUCAGGACAGAGCACUCUCCGGAAAGGACGGGGCAGCAUGAGAAAGAAUGGAUCCCUGCAGAGACCCGUCCCGUCAGGAAUCCCCACCCUUGUGGUGGGCUCCCUCAGACGCAGCCCCACCAUGGUCGUCCGGCCUCAGCAGUUCCAGUUCCACCAGCCACAGGCGGUCCCCUCCUCACCCUUGAUGGUGGUGGCGGAGAUGGGACCCAAGCCGACUCCCACGGGGGAGCCUGCCCUCACGUGCAUCAGCAGAGGCAGUGAGUCCAGGAUCCACUCAACCGCCAGCUCCAUCAUCAUGGAAGGCAAGGAAAUCCCCAUCAAGAGCGAGCCUCCACUCAAACCGCCUGCAUCUGCCCCACCAUCCAUCCUGGUGAAGCCAGAAAACUCCAGAAACAGCAGCGAAAAGCAAGUCAAGACCGUGAGAUUUCAGAAUUACAGCCCUCCUCCCGCCAAACACAGCACCUCCGGGAAGCCUGAACAUCCCGCCACCCCUAAGGGGUCCCAGCCUGAAGCCACCCCCUUGGGCCCGGAGAUGACCAUCCUAUUCGCCCACCGCAGCGGCUGCCAUUCCGGACAGCAGACAGACCCCCGGAGGAAGUCAGCUUUCAGCAAGACCGCGGCCCCAGUGUCCUCCGCCUCCGCCACACAGACCAUGUUUCCCAGCAAAUGAAUCUACGGGUGGCUUUUCCUAGACCCCAAAGAGACCCUGCCUUGGUAAUCUUCCCGGGAGGAGCUAGCAACAACGGGGACACUGACGAGAACCAACGAUCUGAUUGGAUGGAAACUGCUCAAUGGAGAGUUUGUGGACCAUGUGAUAUUGCUUGGACUUCGGGGAUGGUACAGGAGUACCAACAGGCUGGCCUCCAAGACAGAGGGUAAUGGUGGGCCAGGGUAGAGAAAAGCAAGCAGGUCGUGUGCUGUCUCAGGUUACACCAGACUCCCAUCCCUCCUGUUACUUCGUUCUGUUGUCAAAGUCAAACUUGAUCUUGCCAGUUUCUCACCUCAGCACCGACCUGACAAAUGAAAUGCCCUCAGCUCUGUGGCUGGCCUCUCAGCUCAGGUUUAGAGCAGAGCAGGGGGAACAUAAUGUCCUGCUUGUGGGUGUUUGGGCCGGAGAGGCCGAUGCUUCUACAGUGUUCCCGUCUUUCACCCCUCAACUCCCGCCCGAGCUCCUGCACCCCUCUGCCACGUCCCCAUCCUUUCCAUUCCAGUUCUCUCCUGUCUCCCCCCGCCCCGACACUGAACAUCCUGACCAAGGAAACAGGACUUGGCACUUAAAGAAUCUCAGGCAAGAAAAAUCCAUGAUGUUGUGAGAGAGACACACAGACUACAAUGCUCACAGAGAAGCUAUUUCAAGUCUAAAGAUAUAAAAAUGAAUUCUUUUGGGUUCAGAAGUAAGUCACCUUAAAGGACAAGUCAUUAGAAGAUAGUCUACCCCUGGUUUUAAAUAAUUGUAAUUUUAGCCCUGGUCAGUGUCGCACCAGGGUUGUGGGUUCGAUUCCUGGUCAAGGGCACGUACCUGGGUUGCAGGUUUGAUUCCCAGCCCCGGUCAAGGCUUGUGGGGGAGGCAACCAACGGAUGUGUCUCUCUCACAUCAGUGUUUCUCUCUCUCUCUCUCUCUCUCUCCCACUUUCCUCCCCCCUUCCACUCUCUCUAAAAAUCAAUGGGGAAAAUAUCCUCAUGUGAGGAUUAACAACAACAAAAAUUGUAAUUUUAAAUUAUCCGUGCUAACACAGAUAAAUGCAACUCACAAACACCCCGGGACUCUCUGAGCCAUACACUUUCAUCUUCUCCCUUAAGACGUCAAUAGGAAUUUUAUUUUUAAAAGCACGUGCUUUGGUUACCAAAGACCAUGACAGGAAGGCAGCGUCAUUUGGAUAUGUUGGCUGUUUUAAAGUUCAGCAUCAUAACCUGGCACCGACGCAUCCUGUCUUCCACCCAGGCCUGCUCGUAAGCAGCAGCAAACAGCAGCCCAGCCGUGAGAGAGUAAGGAUUGCAUUUUGUGGUCACAGAAAUGUUUUCUUCCGAGUGAAGCUGGCACCCAUCCCCUCACGGGAUGAGUAACUUAACCACACCCUUCUCUCGGUUAACCUUAGGGGCAACAAGAAGUCCCAAAGGAUUGGCUUUUUCUGCCAAGCGGUGAGUGAGAAAGCAGGCGGUAUAACGAGGCCGCAGACAGGGUAACUCAGUGAUGACAUCUCACAUGUGGUCCAUGAUGGUGCUGCCAACUGUCAGUCAACCCUUCUCUCUGACCCACUGGGACUAAAGCGCCAGUUCCAUCUCCUCCGGGAUGAAUUCGGGUUUUCUAGGCUCGGCAGCAAUGAGUACAGAGAUGCUGCCUUCAGAUUCUUCCGCGAGGCCUUGCAGCCUACCUAGAAACAGGUUGCCACGACUUCGUUCUCCAGGGUAAAGCCAGAACGUCAGCGUUGCAAGGAAUUUUGCUUUUAUGGAUGAUGUACGGAAAGGUUAAGGAAAUGCGAGCUGCCCGCACUUAAGCAAGUUCUAUAACCCGGGGGAGACAGCGUCACUUCUAAUCCCCAGAAGCCUUUAGCCCACACUGGUUAGUGCAGCCUUGUCUCCAGGCCUUGGUGCAGGCUGUCUUCUCACAGUGGCUUCUCCCUCUCCUGUUUAGAGCAACUGAAAACCACCACUCUCCCUCUCACACUGGCUGGGUGUUAAGUCUCUGGGAACUUUCUAGAGUUUAGGAUGGAAAGUUUCCCUUGCACCUGCAUCAUCAAUCAACCAAAUAUUUUUUUAAAAACACAAAAUGAAGACUCUGAUUUCUUCCCAGCCAGACCCAGAAGCUUAAGAAAACCUCCCCUGUAUCCUAACAUUUUCACCUCUGGACUGUCAGUUCCAGGAUUAUAGAUUCCCAGGAGUCAGGAGUCAAAAGGUGGUGGAGGUGCUGGGGCGGCAGGCAAGGGUGCAUUAUCAUGAUUGGAAGGAGGGCAGCCCAUGCCCUGGCCGGCGUGGCUCGGUUGGUUGGUCAGGACACAUGCCCAGGUUUCCAGUUCAAUCCCUGGUCAGAGUGUGUGUGGAAGGCAGCUGAUCAAUGUUACUCCCUCACAUGGAUGUUUCUCACUCUCUCUCCUUCUAAGCCCUUCCAUUCUUUCUAAAAUCAAUAAAAACAUAUUUAAGAACUAGAAUGAGGUCAGCCCUGAAGUUUACCCCAGAAUAGUGUGCUAACCAUGAAGUCUGAGUUUCAUCUUUUGGAAUUGUUGCUUCUUACUACUAUGCAUUGGGUCAGUGGGGAGAAGGUGUUUAGGGGGGAAAAGAAAAGGGAUAAAAAUUCGCUCCUCCAUUGGAAAUAUAAGCAGAAAAGCUCUAGACGUUGUGUCUCUGCUUCCUUUUUUAAGUACAGUGUUUUUAAUAGACCAAAAGAGAAUCUUUGUGAGGAAAUAUGUGUGCGAAUAAUGUUUAUAAAAAGAGUAUAUAAUAAUAUGUUAGUGACUGUGGACUGUUGUAUAAAUAAGCCUUAGCUAUAUAAAAUACAUAAACAUAUAAGAUCAUUCUAUAGGGUAGUGGACACUUAAGGCCUUCCCACUUGUCAUCUCUUUGUCCUAAGUAGAGUCGCAGGCUGGCAGCUUAGUUCCUGGACCUGCUGCUGUGCAGCCGCGAGGCUCAUGGGGUUGGUUCGCUUGUUUUCCGGUUUUGUAACGUGCCGCUUGUGCGGAUUACUUUGCACUGUCUGCUGCGUGUGUGUUGGUGUUGUUUACCCACAUGGAGUCCUCAGAGACCCGUUCCACACUUUGCAUCUUGGAAAACCACACGGAACUUUCUAGUGAGAAGAUCCACAGAACAUGCCUUCACUGUUGGGGAGCUCUCCGAGUUGGACCCCUGACAGCUUGCUGUGAGGCUGAGCAAAUGGGAAGUUUAACAUCGGCCUUGUCUCGCGCUUCAAUAUCUGGUGUUGGACAUCUUUUCCCCCGGGAAGGAGUCACAUGCUUUGCUAAGUCCCUUUUCCCCCUGGACUUGGCGUAUUCUGGAGGAAACCAGAGGUCGGCCCUCACCCCCCUACCCCCGCUUCAGGACUCCCCUCCGGCAGCAAAUUCUAAAGAACCGCCAUGUGCUCUGUGACUCGGGACCGACUCAGUGCUUCCAGAACCCAGGGUUUUAGUUGUUUGGGUCUGUGGCUCUAAGGAAGUGUGAAGUCUGCCUUUACCACCCAGGCCGAUCUGAAGAAGGAAAGCGGGGAGGUGGGGGCUCCGCUCACACCUCCCACAUCAGCAGGGAGGAGUGGGCCACGAACGGCGUGAAAUGCCAUCUGCUCUCCACGCGGGAGGGCGCGGUCCUGUGGAAGCGGACAGAUUACCAAGUCUCCUUUGCCAAAAAUGCAUGUUGUUCCCAGCUGUACGCUUGUGAAGCCGGUAUGUGCUUUGGUAGGAAACAAUAAAACAGGUUUAUUUUCACUUAA